AUGUCAGAAAUCUCUGAAAAAGUCGAGAUGACAGAAGUUGAAAUACCAGUCUUGGUGUUAGGAGGAAGUUUGGUGGGAUUGAGUGCUGGUUUAUUUCUCGCGGACUGUGGGGUGCCUUGCAUUGUUAUCGAAAAACAUUUGGGGUCUUCCCCACAUCCGAGGGCCAUAGGGUACACGGAACAUACUAUGGAAUUUUUCCGACAUGCCGGCCUUGGUGAUCUCAUCCCACAUCAGAAGCCUGGAAUGCGGCUUCGUCGGGUAAGGGCGACAAGCCUUUUUGGACAAUGGUUCGAGGAAUCAUCAUGGAGUGGGAAGCCCAACGCUCCCAAAUUGGCACAUUUUUCGCCCUGUACGGGAGCUGCCAUUGCGCAGGAUAAGCUUGAGCCUCUUUUGAGAACUAGAGCUUCCCAGCUCGGUUGCGACAUUCGUCAAAAAACUACGCUGUUGGAGUUCAAACAAAACGACGGCAAUGUUGAGGCCACGGUUCGUGAUGAAAUCGCUGGUCACAGCUACAAAAUCAAGGCACAAUACAUGAUUGCUGCGGAUGGAGCAAAGAGCUCAACCCGAGAAGCCCUUGGUAUUGAGCGCAUCGGACGUGGUUAUAUUCAAACUUUGUCCAGUCUUCUCUUUGAGUGUCCAGAGGCGGAUUCUCUGCUCUCGAAGGGAGUUUCGCAGUUUGACAUUGACCAGCCGGACCUCAGGGCAUUUAUGACCACAUACAACGAUGGUAGAUGGGCGAUUAUGUUCAGAGACAAUGUGGAGAGGACUUCGGGUGAGCUUUUAGAAGCCGCUCAAAGAGCGGUAGGUCUCAGUGAAGCGCAAAUCAAGCCGAUCGCAUUUGGUAAUUGGGAUUUAGCAGCUUUAAUCUGCGAAACUUAUUCUAAAGGAAGAGUUUUCUUGGCUGGAGAUGCUGCUCAUUGUUUACCACCUACGCGUGGUGGGUACGGUGCCAACACCGGUAUUGACGACGUCCAUAAUCUGGCCUGGAAGCUAAAAUUUGUAAUUGAUGGGAAGGCCUCCCCAUCCCUGCUGGAUACUUAUUCUGAUGAAAGGCAGCCUAUUGGAUGGCUUAGACAUCAGCAGACCUUUGCUCGUCCCGAUUACGCUUCUGUUUCCCAGGGGAUCGCAAAAGAUGAAGAAAUACUGGACGACGCUGGCAUGGAAUUAGGCCAGCUACAUCUAUCUUCUUCUGUCUGUGGGGCAGACGAGACCACAACUUUGGCCAAGAGACCCGACCUUUGGAAGGGCCAACCGGGUGUUCGAGCACCUCACGCCUGGAUUAUGAGAAGUGAGAUGCGUAUUUCAACUAUAGAUUUGUUCGACAAGAAGUUUGUGCUUCUCUCCGAGUGCGAAGAUUGGAGCAAAGCGGUCGACGCUGCUAGGGUGAAAUUUGAGAUCAACGUAGACUUCUUCCUGGUUGGCAAGGACAUAGUCUUCGAUCAAGAGUUGGAAUUCCAAGAGAAAUUUGGCGUCGGUCCAUUCGGGGCUUCUCUUGUCAGACCCGAUGGGCUGGUGGGGUGGAGAGCUAAGGAGCGGGAAGGUGACCCUUCAAAUGCCCUGAAUGCCACUUUGAGCCAAAUCUUAUUUCCUGAGUAA